GUCGUCAAUGAGAAAGGAACACCGCAUUGGAAACAAAAACGCUCAGUGUUUAGCCAACUUUCAACUGCACCAUGGUUUGCACUUCAGUUUCGUGUUUGUGGACUAUAUUUUGCCUUCAUUUAUGUUUUUGUGUAAACACUGCAAUAGCACAGAACACAAGAGAGGUGAUCCUUUUGGAUUCAAAGGCGCAGCAGACAGAAUUGGAAUGGAUAUCGUCUCCUCCAAGUGGGUGGGAAGAGAUCAGCGGCUUGGAUGAAAACUACACACCCAUUCGCACAUACCAGGUUUGCCAGGUCAUGGAGCCAAAUCAGAACAACUGGCUUCGGACUAACUGGAUUGAAAAGGGUGAUGCCCAGAGGAUUUUUGUGGAGCUGAAGUUUACCUUGAGGGAUUGUAACAGUCUUCCAGGGGUUGUGGGCUCUUGCAAGGAGACAUUCAACUUGUACUACCAGGAAACCGAUAUGGAGGUCGGCAGGAAUAUAAGGGAGAGUCAAUAUGUGAAAAUUGACACCAUAGCUGCAGACGAGAGUUUCACUCAGGGCGACUUGGGGGAAAGAAAGAUGAAGCUGAACACGGAGGUGCGGAUAAUCGGACCUCUCUCCCGCCGAGGCUUCUACCUUGCUUUUCAGGAUGUGGGGGCCUGUAUUGCUUUGGUCUCCGUCAAAGUUUAUUACAAGAAGUGUUGGUCAAUUAUUGAAAACCUGGCCACGUUCCCAGAUACAGUGACAGGGUCAGAGUUUUCAUCACUGGUGGAAGUGGAGGGCACAUGCGUCAACGAUGCUGAGGAGGAGGCAGACAACUCUCCCAAAAUGCAUUGCAGCGCAGAAGGAGAGUGGCUGGUACCCAUUGGGAAAUGUAUAUGCAAAGCUGGAUUUCACCAGAAGGGAGAUGCAUGUGAACCAUGUGGUCGUGGAUUCUACAAGUCUUCAUCUCAGGAUCUUCAGUGUUCCCGUUGUCCUGCACACAGUUAUAAUGACAGAGAGGGCUCGUGGAGAUGUGACUGUGAGGACGGCUACUACAGAGCCCUCUUGGACCCCCCUUCUGUCGCCUGCACAAGGCCACCAUCAGCUCCUCAGAACCUGCUUUACAACAUCAACCACACUAUUGUCAGCCUGGAAUGGACCCCACCAGCCGACACAGGUGGUCGUAAUGACGUGACAUACAGGAUUAUAUGCCGGCGAUGCACCUGGGAGCCAGAAGAGUGCUUCCCUUGUGGCAGCAAUGUUGGCUUCUCGCCACAGCAGAGUGGAUUAAUGGACACCUACGUCACCAUCACUGAACUCUUAGCUCACGCGAACUACACCUUUGAGGUGGAGGCCGUGAACGGCGUGUCCGAUCUCAGUCGUACCCAGCGACUGUUUGCUGCUGUCAGCAUCGCCACGAGCCAAGCAGCCCCAUCUCAGGUGAGCGAGGUAAUAAAGGAGCGAGUCCAGCAGCACAGCGUUCAGCUCUCCUGGCAGGAGCCAGAGCAGCCCAAUGGCGUCAUCACCGAAUAUGAGAUCAAGUACUAUGAGAAAGACCAGAAGAAUCGCAUUUACUCCACCAUUAAGACAAAGUCGACUUCAGCCACAGUCAACAAUCUGAAGCCAAGCACAGUGUAUGUCUUUCAAAUCCGGGCGUUUACCGCCGCAGGAUACGGCGCAUUCUGUCCCAGACUAGAAGUCACCACCAAGGAAGAAUCCACUGGAUCUGCAACAGUCAUUUCGAGUGAGCAGAACCCGGUCAUCAUCAUUGCGGUGGUGGCGGUGGCUGGUACCAUCAUCCUGGUCUUCAUGGUUUUUGGUUUCAUCAUAGGGAGAAGGCACUGUGGCUAUAGUAAGGCAGAUCAGGAAGGGGACGAGGAGCUCUACUUUCAAUUUAAAUUUCCAGGCACAAAAACCUACAUUGACCCUGAAACCUACGAGGAUCCAAACAGGGCUGUCCAUCAGUUUGCCAAGGAGCUGGAUGCGUCUUGCAUUAAGAUUGAGAGGGUUAUCGGUGCAGGAGAGUUUGGAGAGGUGUGCAGCGGACGGCUGAAGCUGCCAGGAAAGAGGGACGUGUCAGUGGCCAUUAAAACGCUGAAAGUAGGCUACACUGAGAAACAAAGGCGGGACUUCCUGUGUGAGGCCAGCAUAAUGGGCCAGUUUGAUCAUCCGAAUGUGGUCCAUCUGGAGGGUGUAGUCACCAGAGGAAAACCAGUCAUGAUAGUAAUUGAAUACAUGGAAAAUGGCUCAUUAGAUGCCUUCCUCAGGAAACAUGAUGGGCAGUUCACUGUGAUUCAGCUGGUGGGAAUGUUGCGUGGUAUUGCAGCAGGGAUGAGAUACCUUUCAGACAUGGGCUAUGUUCACCGCGAUCUGGCUGCACGAAACAUCCUUGUCAACAGCAAUCUUGUAUGUAAAGUGUCCGACUUCGGCCUGUCCAGAGUGAUUGAUGAGGAUCCUGAAGCUGUCUAUACAACGACGGGUGGAAAAAUCCCAGUUCGGUGGACAGCAAUGGAAGCCAUCCAAUACCGUAAAUUCACAUCAGCUAGUGAUGUGUGGAGCUACGGGAUUGUCAUGUGGGAGGUCAUGUCCUACGGCGAGCGACCAUACUGGGACAUGUCCAAUCAAGAUGUCAUAAAGGCUAUUGAGGAGGGAUAUCGUCUUCCUGCCCCCAUGGACUGCCCUUCUGGCCUCCAUCAGCUCAUGCUGGACUGCUGGCAGAAAGACAGAGCAGACCGGCCCAAAUUCGACCAAAUCGUUGGCAUCCUGGACAAAAUGAUCCGCAACCCCAACACAUUAAAAACGGCAAUGGGAACGUGUACACGACCCAUAAGCCCACUGCUAGACCAGAACUCUCCAGAUUUCACUGCUUUCAGAUUGGUCAGCGAGUGGUUGGAAGCCAUUAAGAUGGAGAGAUACAUAGACAACUUCACAGCUGCUGGAUACAGCUCACUUGAAUCAGUCGCUAGAAUGACUAUCGAGGAUGUAAUGAGUUUGGGAAUCUCAUUGGUGGGCCAUCAGAAGAAGAUCAUGAGCAGUAUACAGACUAUGAGAGCCCAGAUGCUGCAUCUUCAUGGAACGGGUGUUCAGGUAUGAUGGGUGUCAACAGACCUCCGGAUCCAUUGAAUCCGAACUCUCCAGGACAGCACCGCAAAGUGUGUGACCAGUGAUUACCACAGCAAAAAUAUGAUAAAACAAAUCAACAACAAAGAAAAAACACUUUCGGUGUGCUCAACCUUCCAGAACUGGCGAAUCAUUCCUUUGUUUUUGCGAAGGAUUCUGGUGAAGGUGCUGGAAACCAAGAGAUGGAGAGAUCAGGCGAGAGAGAAUUCUACAUGGACAGUAAACUCUCAAUGCUCUGACGAACUCAUCACAUCACAUUGAGAUGAAGCAUUUUAGAGGAUUUUUAUGCUUUGUAUGGACUAUCUUUUAUUGUCACAAUUGGUUGAUUUGCUCAUAGCUGGUAUACAUUUUAUUUUAUUUUAUUAUUUUUUUAAUCAAAAGGGUGAAUAGAAAAAUAAGCAAAUCCAAUUGGAGAGAUUACAUUUGUUUUGAUUUGUAAUAACCACAUUAAGUUGAUGUGGUGCAUUACUCUUCUUACUCAAUUAGUGUUCGCUUGUGUUCCUGGAUUGGUAUGAAAUUGACAGCAGGGUAAAUUGUCUCAUGUGGAGGGAAAGAGACAAAACCAGAGGCUGAAUGUCAACAGAGGAGGUUUGCCUUCUCCAGCCAGCACUAUUUACGUGAAGCUUUUUCCAGACGGAAGCAGUGGCAGUGAGACCUAGUCUUUUAUAUCAAGUAGAAAUAUACCACCACUUUAUACACACAUGGUUAUAUGAAGCUCCUGUGGGUGUUUUGACAAUUCAGAUAUGAAUUAGUACAAAGACAACUGAGAACCACUUCAGGUGGAUUCUUUUUUUAUGUACUACCAAAAUUAUUAUGGUGGCAAUAUUCUUUAUAAGUUUAUAUUUACCACAUGAAUUUGAUCUUAUCAGUGCUGUUGUUGAAUGUGUCCUUUUUUAAUAAUGAUUUUAUUUACCAUAAACGCAUGUUUCCAUAAAGACAGAUGAAAACAAACAAACAAACAAAAAAUGUUUAGGCUAUUUUAAUUUAGAACCAAAAUUUUCAGUUUCAGUAAGGAGUUUAGUAUUUUAUUUCAUUUUUGUUUAGUAUCAGUUAGUUUAUUCCUAGUGGAAGACUGACUUUUAAAAUCAUAAUGUUGUGGUGUAGUAAUAAUGCCUUAAAAAAAGCAAACUAUUGCUCUUAUUUUUAGGUACUUAGGUUCUUUGUGAGAUCAUGGCUGAGUCAAGGAGAGACUGACACAUAUGAGCAAUAAUUACUCAAGGCUGGGAUUGAUUUGAGGUUCUGUAUAGACUUUUACUCAUGCACUGCUUUGAAGUUACUAAUCAGCAGCAGUGCUGUGGAAUUUGGCAAGUUAGAAAUGUUGAACCUAUAUACAGUAGGUUUUCUUCACCCAGGCUGUUCUGUUUGUGUAUUUCUUCUACCUUCAGCUUUACCUGUUCUUCUGUUGUGUUGAGCUCAAAGAUGAGAAACAGGCUUUUUUUCCACCUCGAAUAUGUGUUUAAGCGAAACUUAUAGUGCCAUAACAACCUGCCACUCUUACAACUGAAUGUUGCAUUGAAUUCGUCUGGUCUUUCAGUUGUAUACUGUUGACACUUUUAGGUUUGAUUUGCUGGGCUGACGUUAAAUUCUCCUAUUUACUCAUCUUGGUGCACAAAAGUGUGUUUUUUACUAUAAAAAUGUGACACAUUUUAAACAUACAGAGCACACUGGAAUGUUUUUCAGUAUUAUUGGCUAGAGUAUGCCAGUCUUUUCAUGCCAACCUGUGGCAUUUUUCUUGAUUAGAACGAAAGUCAAUACUGUGAAAUUGUCACAGUCACUGGAGGAUUUAGCUGAAUGUUUGGCUCUUCUGAGAAGCCAUCAUCUAAUAUGCUGUCAUGAGCAAGUGGUAAGGUCUGAAACCAGCUGGUUUAUGUGUGUCUCUCACAGAUCAUAUCAUACCCUGGUUAGAGACCUAACUACGAUCCACUCUCCAUCCAUCUUGCUAACCUCAGUAUUGAGUCCAUGCCAGGCCUUUGAAUCGAAUGCGAGCGUAAAGGCCUCGGUCAGCACAAACCUCCUGAGCUUCAGUGGUAGCUGCAGCCACUCAGAUCGCUCUCCCCAUGCUCUGAUCUCACACUCCGGGCCUCUCUGGGGCCCAUGCAGCCCCUUAUCCUCUCCUUUAGGAUCCAGGGCCCCUGUAGAGAUAGCAAUUUGAGCCAAUUUGAGAUUAUCGCCUGGAUUCAAUCAAUCCCACAAAGAGGCCAUCAUACGGGUCAGUGAAAUUCUGUCAAUUUUUCCUUCUUUUUCUGCUUUGUGCUAUUUUUAACUUUUCUGGUUUGACAGUAGCAGAAUUUUUGUCAAGACAGUUUGUGCUGUGGAUUGAUUGAGUUCAUGGUACACCAGGGUAUCGUAUUGAUGGCUUAAAAACAGUAAGAAUAUACAGAGACCCCACCUAGAAGAAACUGAAAUGGAAUAUUCCAAAGAGUUCAGCACUGUUGAUUGUGUCAGAGUAAUCACAAAACCAGAAGACAAUUGUAUUUGUUCUAAUUGUAAAACUUGUACAUUUUAUUUAUAAUUGUUGUUUCUUUCCUUUUUUUCACACUUGCACUCUGUAGUGAGCUCAUUGAAAAUGCACUAUAUUUUUCUAUCUCACAUGCAGACACAAUUUCAGUUGUACAUAUUUUCUCAUUUAGGACCAAAGAGAGCUAAUAGGUUUCCAUUUAAGAAUAUUAUGUUUUUUUUUUUUUUUUUUUUUUGUUUGUUUUUUUACUAUUUUCUCUUAAGUUGAAAAUGUACAGUAAAAAUGAAUUUUUCAAUGUAUUAUUUAUUUAUUUUUUCUGUGACAAGAGUAUGGAAGUAUUUGUUGGUCAAAAAUUUUUCCCCAACUGAGAAACUAUAUGGUCAUUUACCUAGACAAUUUCUUGUUACCAUUUUUUUCUUUCUUUUUUUUUCUUUGUAACCUUUGUAAU